AUGGCAUUUUAUAGCUGCUGUUUACUCCUCUUGGCAUUUACCUGGGAUGCUUCUGCCUAUGGCCCUGACCAAAGAGCCCAGAAAAAAGGGGACAUCAUUCUUGGGGGGCUCUUUCCAAUUCAUUUUGGAGUUGCGGCUAAAGAUCAAGACCUAAAAUCAAGGCCAGAAUCUGUGGAGUGUAUCAGGUAGGGAAGGAGCCAGUCAGAUAGUUAUAAUUUCCGUGGAUUUCGCUGGUUACAAGCCAAUGUAUUUGCCAUUUGAAGAGAAGAUAACCAGCAAGCCCCUGAUCUUCUCCGCCAACAUAACACUGUGGCUACAGGAUAUUUGACACUUUGUAAUACAGUACCCCACCUUUCAAAAGCCCCUUGUGAGGCCACCUUGAGUUUUGUUUGCACCAAACACAAAUUGACUCUUUUGAAUCUCGAUGAGUUCUGCAUACCUGCUCAGAACACAUCCACCUCCACCAUCGCUGUGGUGGGAGCAACUGGUUCGGGCAUCUCGACAGCUGUGGCAAAUCUGCUUGUCUUCUACAUCCCCCAGGUCAGCUAUGCCUCCUCCAGUAGACUCCUUAGCAAUAAGAAUCAGUUCAAGUCCUUUCUUCGUACUAUUCCCAAUGAUGAACACCAGGCUACUGCAAUGGCAGACAUUGUUGAAUAUUUCCGCUGGAACUGGGUGGGCACAAUUGCAGCUGAUGAUGACUAUGGCAGGCCAGGGAUAGAGAAGUUCCGAGAAGAAGCUGAAGAAAGAGAUAUAUGCAUCGACUUCAGUGAGCUUAUCUCCCAAUACUCUGAUGAGGAAGAAAUCCAGCAGGUGGUAGAAGUGAUCCAGAAUUCAACAGCCAAGGUCAUUGUUGUCUUCUCCAGUGGCCCAGAUCUUGAACCGCUCAUCAAGGAGAUUGUUCGGCGCAAUAUCACAGGCAGGAUCUGGCUGGCUAGUGAGGCCUGGGCCAGCUCUUCCUUGAUAGCUAUGCCAGAAUAUUUUCAUGUGGUCGGAGGUACCAUUGGAUUUGGUCUGAAAGCUGGGCAGAUUCCAGGUUUCCGAGAAUUCCUGCAAAAAGUCCAUCCCAGGAAAUCUGUCCACAAUGGUUUUGCCAAGGAAUUUUGGGAGGAAACUUUUAACUGUCACCUCCAAGAAGCUGCAAAGGGACCUUUACCCAUGGAAAGUUUCCUAAGAGGUAACGAAGAAAGUGUUAGCAAAAUAAGCAACAGUUCCACAGCCUUCCGACCUCUCUGUACAGGGAAUGAGAACAUUAGCAGUGUUGAGACACCUUACAUGGAUUAUACACAUUUGAGGAUAUCCUAUAAUGUCUACUUAGCAGUCUACUCCAUUGCUCAUGCUCUACAAGAUAUAUAUACCUGCUUACCUGGAAGAGGGCUCUUCACCAACGGCUCCUGUGCUGACAUCAAGAAAGUGGAGGCUUGGCAGGUCCUGAAGCAUUUACGACAUAUUAACUUUACCAACAAUAUGGGGGAACAGGUGACUUUUGAUGAAUGUGGUGACCUGGUUGGAAACUAUUCCAUCAUCAACUGGCAUCUGUCCCCAGAGGAUGGCUCCAUUGUGUUUAAGGAGGUCGGAUAUUACAACGUCUAUGCCAAGAAGGGAGAAAGGCUCUUUAUCAAUGAGGAGAAAAUCCUGUGGAGUGGGUUCUCCAGGGAGGUGCCUUUCUCCAACUGUAGUCGAGACUGCCUCGCAGGGACCAGAAAAGGAAUAAUUGAGGGGAAGCCCACCUGCUGCUUUGAGUGUGUGGAGUGUCCUGAUGGAGAAUACAGCGAUGAAACAGAUGCAAGUGCCUGUGACAAGUGUCCCGAUGACUUCUGGUCCAAUGAGAACCACACUUCCUGCAUUGCCAAAGAGAUUGAGUUUCUGUCCUGGACAGAACCCUUUGGAAUAGCCCUUACGCUUUUUGCCGUGCUGGGUAUCUUCCUGACAGCCUUUGUGCUGGGUGUCUUCAUCAAGUUCCGCAACACUCCCAUCGUCAAGGCCACAAACCGAGAGCUCUCCUACCUCCUCCUCUUUUCCCUUCUCUGCUGUUUCUCCAGCUCUCUGUUCUUCAUCGGGGAGCCCCAAGACUGGACCUGCCGCCUACGCCAGCCAGCAUUUGGCAUCAGCUUUGUGCUGUGCAUCUCCUGCAUCCUGGUGAAAACCAACCGUGUCCUCCUGGUAUUUGAGGCCAAGAUCCCCACCAGUUUUCACAGGAAAUGGUGGGGCCUCAAUCUGCAGUUCCUGCUCGUCUUCCUCUGCACUUUCAUGCAGAUUGUCAUCUGUGUGAUCUGGCUGUACACGGCACCUCCUUCCAGCUAUCGAAACCAUGAACUGGAGGAUGAGAUCAUCUUCAUCACUUGCCACGAGGGUUCGCUCAUGGCUCUGGGCUUUCUGAUCGGCUACACUUGCCUCCUGGCUGCCAUCUGCUUCUUCUUCGCCUUCAAGUCCCGAAAGCUGCCUGAGAACUUCAACGAGGCCAAAUUCAUUACCUUCAGCAUGCUCAUCUUCUUCAUUGUCUGGAUCUCUUUCAUUCCAGCCUACGCCAGCACCUAUGGCAAGUUUGUCUCUGCGGUGGAAGUGAUCGCUAUCCUCGCAGCCAGCUUCGGCUUGCUGGCUUGCAUCUUCUUCAAUAAGGUCUACAUCAUCCUCUUCAAGCCAUCCCGUAACACGAUUGAGGAGGUGCGUUGCAGCACCGCUGCUCAUGCUUUCAAAGUAGCGGCCCGGGCCACUCUACGCCGCAGCAAUGUCUCCCGCAAGCGCUCCAACAGUCUUGGGGGCUCCACAGGAUCCACCCCCUCUUCUUCCAUCAGCAGCAAGAGCAACAGCGAAGACCCCUUUCCACCACCGGAGAGGCAGAAGCUGCAGCAGCCGCUGGCCCUACCCCAGCAAGAACAACAGCAGCAUCCCCUGAGCCUGCAACAGCAGCAGCCGCCAGUGCCACAGUCCCAGCAGCCGCCCAGAUGCAAGCAGAAGGUCAUCUUCGGCAGUGGCACAGUCACCUUCUCCUUGAGCUUUGACGAGCCUCAGAAGAGCACCCUUGCUCACAGGAAUUCCAUGCACCAGAACUCCUUGGAGGCCCAGAUAAGCAGCGAGGCCCUGUCCAGGCACCAGGCAUUACUCCCUCUUCAAGGCGAGGAGGCCAAUUUGGAAUUGAGCUCUCAGGACACAGGACUGUCAGGCCCUGUGGGUGGGGACCACCAGCCAGAGAUGGAUCCUGAAGAGUCGUCCCCAGCUCUAGUAGUGUCCAGUUCUCGUAGCUUUAUCAUCAGCGGGGCAGGCAGCACUGUCACGGAAAAUAUAUUACAUUCAUAA